AUGUUAACGUGCUGGUUUGGACUUACCAUUAUUGUUUCUCAUGUUUCUGCACAGCAAGUAUUUUCCGUAUCAGAGCGCAGUGAACAGCAGGUCCGUUUCCUGUGCGCUGGGGGGAGUGGGGUUUGGACGUCCUGCAGACUCGACCCAAUCAUCAGGCUGUUCGACUGGUCCACCGGGCGGCCGCUGCAAGAAGUCGACUUCACAUCUUUGGUCACGAAAACAUUAGGUCAGCCGUACUUGACGCUCUCACCUCUCCAGAUCUCCUCCCUCUCCGUCAUCUCUGGCCGUCUGUGGGUGGGCACCGGGGGUGGUGCCAUUUUCUCCAUCCCCCUAUCAAUAACAUCAGAGGAUAUUUCCAUCCCAUACUGCUCUGCCGCGUCAGUCCAGCUGUCAUACCAUGGACACAGACAAGCAGUACGAUUCCUCAUUGCUGCACCUGGCUGUUUGAUCACCUCUCCUGGCAGCAGCCAUGUAACUACUGCUCAGCUCAUCCUCAGUGGAGGAGAGGGCUACAUUAACUUCCGAAUAGGAGAUGAUGCUAGCGAUGAAUCGACUGAGGCGUCUCAGACGACGCCCCAGCGGUCUGAACGCAGUCACAUGAUCAUCUGGCAGAUUCCCGCGCCGUCUGUGCCCAGCCCUGCGCUCUGACUCUUCGUCUACUAAAUCGGUGCUUGUGGCAUGACUUGAAUCAAACAUUUACAGCACCAGAAGGAAAUAUGGUGCUCUGAAAUGAACAAAAAUCUCGUUGUGGCAACAGUAAAAGCCUUAAGGAUGGGAUUUUUUUUAAACUAUGGUUGUUUGUUAUUUUUAUAUAUAUUUCUAAAUGAUUUACAUUUGACUGGAUUAUUAUGAUGUCUUCCUAUGUGCCCCUCAUCUGGUGUAUCCAACCAUGCCUUAUUUUUGGUCAGCUCAUUACUUUUUAACUGUCUGAUGGACUUUUGCAUAAGCAAUGAAUCCAGCUUUCUUUCUGGUUCUUCAUAAGAGAACAUUCUUCCAUCCUUGGAUCAUAAAGGUGAAAUUAACUCUAUCUGGUUGCUCUUAAAGCUGCUGUGUCUGUAAGUUUAUUGUGAUAAUGAAAACGGGUUGUUUCUUUUUCUUUAAGCAUAAAGACAAUCACUUCAUAACCUUUGGAUGCUGCAUUCAAACUGUUGGAUGUGCGGUGUUAUGUAUAUAUGUUUUGGAAUAAGUAUUAUCUCAAAUCCCAGCACUCUUGGGUCCUGCUGGAGUAAUAGCAGUAACUUGCACAUAAUAAGUGUGUCUAUGUAAAAGAUCCUCUCAAAUCUCUUUAUGAAAAUUAUUGAUUUUUUUUCAGUUGUUUGUCUUGUGAAUCAAAGUGUUUCAUGUCUUAAUUAGAUGUUUGAGUAUAUGUAAAAUAAGGGAGAGAUGUUGUUUACCGUGUACAGUUAAAGCCUUUUAUUUGUCUUGGAAAGACUAAAGUAUUUGUUCUCAAUAAACCGUAUGCAGUCUAUUGUCAUUAAAUGCCCUCUGUGAAAUGGCUACCCUGUGUUAUUAAAGGUAUGUGAAUAAAUAGAUGAAAAGAAAUUUAAACAUUC